AUGCGUACAUCCUUUAUUGGUUUCCUCGUCGUUUUUGCUGGUGCCCAUCAGCUGAUUUCUGCAGCCGACUGCGAAAAUCCACCCUACGGACGUUGCGGCGGUAAGGGAUUUGAAGGCAAUGAGUGCUGUACCGAAGGCUAUGAGUGCACGGUGCAAAAUGAUUACUAUUCGCAAUGCGUUCCUGUUGACAAUGCCAAAUCAGAUUGCUCCAAGGCUUAUGAACAAUGCGGUGGCAAGUCAUUCACCGGCUCCAAGUGCUGUGUCGAUGGCUUCAAGUGUGUCAAGGCGAAUGCAUGGUAUUCACAAUGCUUGCCUAAAUAUCAAUGGGGAUCUUCCUCCGCUGCUGCUGCUUCUUCUGAUGCUGGUCAUGAGAACUCCAACAACGCUGAAUCCACCACCGAAGCUAAGCCUACUGCUACUAGCACUUCAUCUGCUUCUGAAAAGCAGCCUCAGCCUACCACCACUGUAUCGACCACUGAAGAUGACACCAAGCCCACUACCACUACCACUGUCGAAAGCAACAACAAGGAAACGGCUACUACAACCACUACUACAUCAGCUUCUUCCCCUUCAUCAUCAUCCAGCAGCUCCAAUUACAAGGCAAUCUCUGGUGGUGCUUCAGGUGAAGGCCACACUACUCGCUAUUGGGAUUGCUGCAAAGCAUCAUGCAGUUGGCCUGAUAAGGCUGAUGUUGAUUCUCCCGUCAAAACAUGUGCUGCCGAUGGUAUCAAGCUCGUCGAUGCCAAUGAACAGAGUGGAUGCAAUGGUGGCUCUGGUUACAUGUGCAAUGACAACCAACCUUGGGCUGUAAACGAUGAUUUAGCUUAUGGUUUUGCUGCUACUGCUCUUUCUGGCAAGGGUGAAUCUGAGACUUGCUGCAGCUGCUACGAGCUUACAUUCACGUCCGGUGAAGUCAAGGGCAAGCGUAUGGUCGUUCAGUCUACCAACACGGGUGGUGAUCUUUCUGGAAACCAAUUUGAUUUGCAAAUCCCUGGUGGUGGUGUUGGUAUCUUUAAUGGAUGCCAAUCUCAAUGGAACGCUCCUGCUAAUGGCUGGGGUGAACGUUAUGGUGGCAUCAGCUCGGCUUCUCAGUGCGACGACUUGCCCAAACAUCUCCAGGCUGGUUGUGAAUGGCGUUUCAACUGGUUCAAGAACGCUGAUAACCCAUCAGUCACCUUCAAAGAGGUCACUUGCCCUGCUGAGAUUGUCAAGAAAUCAGGUUGCUCGAGAAAUUAA